AUGGAAAUUUCUGCAGCGUGGAUCCACACUUUACUGUACUUGUUCCUCAUAAUUGCUUCGAUUCACGUUUUCCACAUUCUGAUAAUAUCCGAAAAACUCACACUCAAUCACCAAACUGUCAGAGUCAAGAAACUGCCACCCCUCCCUCUGCGCUUCAACUCUGAUGGAACUUUCAAAAUCCUCCAGGUGGCUGACAUGCAUUUUGGGAAUGGCAUGGUGACUCGAUGCAAAGACGUGCUGGAGAGUGAGUUCGAGGUCUGUUCUGAUCUCAACUCUACACGGUUUCUUGAAAAGAUGAUUCAAGUCGAGAAGCCUGAUUUCGUUGCUUUCACUGGUAUUGUAAUAUAA